CUGCAUUAGUGAGCUCUGUCAGAGUGGGAGUGAUUCAAGUACAACAGACAAGAAAGAAUUUCGUGAAGGUUGUUUUGAUACUGGAGAGGGAAACAGAAAGAGUGAUUGGUUUCUGGUUCAAAUGGUGGGUGAUCAAGAUAGUGGUGGAUUCAGUCUUGACCUGUCAAAAUUCAGCUUGAGACAGGGCACGGAUCAUAUGGACGUGGAGGAGGAAGAAGAGGUUCCGAAGCAUCUCAACACCAUAAAUACUUAUGGUGGGUUUCUCGUGGUUUCGACGGAUAAGCUUUCUGUUCUGUAUACAACUGUUAAUUUGCACGGCCACGAUGUGGGAGUUGUACAGGCGAAUUGUCCGGCACCAGUGAAGAGGCUGGUGUACUAUUUCGAGAUUUUCGUGAAGAAUGCUGGAACAAAGGGUCAGAUUGCUAUUGGGUUUACAAAUGAACAUUUUAAGAUGCGAAGACAACCCGGUUGGGAAGCCAACAGUUAUGGGUACCAUGGGGAUGAUGGACUGCUUUACCGAGGACAAGGAAAGGGAGAAACCUUUGGCCCAACUUUUACAUCUGGUGAUACAGUUGGUGGUGGGAUAAACUAUGCUUCACAAGAGUUCUUUUUCACUAAAAACGGAAAACUAGUUGGAACGGUGUACAAGGACGUUAAGGGUCCGUUGUUUCCUACAAUUUCUGUCCACAGCCAAAAUGAAGAGGUGAAUGUCAACUUUGGGCAGCAACCAUUUGUUUUUGAUGUUGAGGCUUUUGUACAGGAGGAAAGAAUGAAGCAGCAGAUGAUUAUUGAGAAAAUAUCACUGCCUCCUAACAUUAGUCAUUGGUAUGUUCUCCAUUGACUGGAGCUUGCUUUUCCCUAGACUUUCCAUUUAUGGGUAAAGGCUGAAAGU